CCAGGUGGGUGGUUUAAAUUUUUAUUAAUUGGCAGUGAAUUUGUUCUGUGGAUGUAUUGUGGAUUGGGAAUUUAACAUGUAAAUCUAACUGCUAAAUUACAAGUUUCUGGAACUUUGAUUUACCGGGCUAAAGAGGACAGGGUGUGAAAGGAAUGGCUGAGAGGCAGUUGGAGCACGUGGAUCUGGUUCUGUUGCUGGGUGAGAACUCACAAGGGUCCGCAGAACGAGGUGGGGGAGGGGGGCCAGGCAUGGUAAAUACCACCUAGGGGCCACACGGAGAGGGCAGCUAAAAGGGAGACAGCCGGGAGAGGGCGGCUUCAGACCACGUGGUAGAGUAGCAGCCAGAGUAAGCGGAUCCGACUCACAGGAACUGAUAGAAAACGUUCCCUCUUAAUCUUACCACAACAGGAUCCUGCCGGCAGCACUGAACCGGGUACUUCUCAGCUGAAUAAUACCAAAGACCCCAGCACCUGACCAAACAUUCACUCUGGCAAGAUGGCCGUCACCAGGCCACAGGAAAGGAACGGGGCAGAUCUUUCUUUCUGAAGAAGAAAGGAGGGAGCAGUUGCAGGAAUGGACGGACCUUCCAAAUCACUGUCACCAAUACAUGCGGCUAAACAAAGGGGAAAAAGAAAGCUCCAGGCACCCGGACUUCCGAGAGACUCACCCGGAGACACUGCUUCCGUGGGUUGGUCAGCAGAACCACUUGCUGUUGUUUCUCUGGAGAGGAGUUUCUGAUUUGAAACCAUCACAAAGGUGAGUAAAAUACCUGCACAGGAUUUGAACCACAACAGAGAAAGUCAAGAGGUCCCUGACUGUGGUUAGAAACUUUCAGACCCACUUUCUCCAAAUGUGUGUGCCCGGCUCAGCUCAGACCUGACUCUGGGAAUGAGCACCGGUGGCUACUCAAACCUUAACAGGUCAUUGUGAGGAGUGGGUCCAGUCUGGGACCCUGAGGCAGUACAGGCACUGUGGGGACUCUGAUGUCUGUCAGUACUCAAAGAGUGGUCCCUGGAGUGGCAGUUAGAGUUGGGGGCCUCGUGCAUGUCACCUGAACAAAUAUCUCCUGUAAGACCACCGCCACUGGAGAAAACAGCUGAGAUUUGCCGGAGCAACUGCUAGUGAAUGGUUUACACAGUGUCAGCUCUCCCACUGGGUGUCCAUCCCAUGCUCUGACAUUAUUCAAUGUAAAGGAGAAAGAAGACUAGCAGAGAUGUUUACCCGCUGAGUCAGAGGGUGGGCCCUGUCAGCCCACAGAUUAUAAAUCCUGAUUACAAGCCCCGAAUCAACUCCAUAGGCUCCUCCUCGCAGGGACGGAUAGAUACACACCAGUCCCCAUCUGCUAGGUACCAAAGCCACUGCUCUCUGCUGGGAAGAUGUGAGGGCAAGAUGUUCUUCGAAGCUUCCAGGAGGAGGAGGAGGAAGCAGAAGGCUUCUGGCCUCUGGGAAGGGUAGGAUGGCUUGCCAGGAAACAGAGUGUGCUCUGUUCUCUAGCUCAGAGCUGCCUGGGAACUCGGAAGGAGGAGGCGCCUGGCUGCAGGUGUGCCACAUAGGUACAGACACACUGAGCCUGGGCCAAUUUCUGCAAAGGAUGAGGUAAGACUGAGUUCUACCGGUAAGUACAUGGCCGUUCCCUGCCAGAAACAACUUGUGUUCAAAGCUGUAGUUUGCAUUAAAACAUGUAACACAGGGUUGAAUUUCCUAUACCAUAAAUCUGGCAGACUGGCAGGUCCAAACUUCUCUGUCUCUCUCUGUCUCUGUCUCUCUCUGUCUCUGUGUGUGUGUGUGUGUGUGUGUGUAUGUGUGUGUGUGUUGUGCAUAUGGGUUGUAUGUGUCUGUGUGGUGUGUGUGUGUGUGUGGUGUGUAUAUGUGUUGUAUGUGUCUGUGUGGUGUGUGUAUGUAUGUGUCUGUGUGGUGUGUGUGUGUGUCUGUGUAUGUCUGUGUAGUGUGUCUGUCUGUCUGUCUGUGGUGUAUGUGUGUAUAUGUCUGUGUGGUUUGUGUGUGUCUGUGUGUCUGUGUGUGUGUGGUGUGUAUGUGUGUGUCUGUGUCUGUGUUUGUGUGGUGUGUGUGUGUGUUGUGUGUGUGUGUAUCUGUGUGGUGUGUUUGUGUGGUGUGGUGUGUGUGUGUGUGUGUGUGUGUGGUGUGUGUAUGUGUGUCUGUGUUUGUGUGUGUGUGUGGUGUAUGUAUGUGUGUCUGUAUGUGUGGUGUGUGUAUAUGUGUCUGUGUUUGUGUGGUGUGUGUGUGUGUGUGUGUGUGUGUGUACAUAUGGAGGUCACAGGUCACAGGUGUCAUUCCUCAGGAGUGAUCCACUUUGCUUUUGAGACAGGGUCUCUCACUGGGACUCAGGGCUCUCAGACUGACUGGCAAAUAACCCCAGGGAUUCACGUGUCUCUGCUCCACUCACUCCCAAGCAAUUGGGAUCACAGGCAGGCACCAUCAUGCCUAGCUGUGUACGUGAGUGCUGGCCAUCAAACGUGGGCCCUGGUGCGUCAAUGGCAAGCACUUCAUCACCAUUGCCUCGGCCCCUAAACCGUCUACAUUCUAAACUGAGAAAACAAUUAUUUGGAAUUCCAACGUAUUUUCCCCUCAUACCUUUUUUGUUAAGGUGUGUCAAUUUCAAGCGUCAUGGACCCUGUAGGUGGGAGUUUAUUACUGACACUCAGGAGGUCAUUGUGCUGCACACCAUGCAAAUUUGAAAAAGCCCAAGAACAUUUUAAAGGGUGAAUUUAAGAGAGAUGGUCUUUCUCACCUUGUGAGAAGUUUUACACAGCUAAAGUUCCUCAAAGAAGGCUGAGGUCUUGAUUCUACAUUUGGAAACACUGUAAACCACUGGUAUUUGGAAGCUUGGGGAUUUGCUUUUUAAAUCCUCUGCAUUUGAAAACUCGAGUAUAUAAGCACUUCUGACUUGUUUCACCCUCUAGGACCAAUUGAAAAGACACAAAGUAAAGAAGUCAAGCCAAGGUUGACAUUUAUCCAGACAACAAGAGCCAGCAGGGUCAGCUCUUCUGAAAUCCACCCAACGGCCAUGAUGCCACUCUCUGGGGUACAGUGGUGUGUAUGUGUGUGUCUGUGUCUGUGUGUCCACAGUAGAAGUAGCUUUCUGUCCACGGUGGAGUCAUCGAAGUCUUCUAGUGGAGCACUGGGUCCGUGGUUAAGAGCACCCGCUACCCUUCUAGAGCUCAGUUCUCAGCACCCACAUCAGGCAGCUCAGCCUAUGACCCCAGCUCCAGCGGAUCUCAUGCCUCCACAGAUCCCUGCACUCACAUGUACACAUACCUCCUCCACACGCACACACGGAAUUAAAGAUGAAAUAAAUCCCCAAACCUUCCAGGUCUGACAACACCACUGUCUCAGUGAAUUCAUACAGAUAUAUCCACGAGACCGAAGGGUUGAGACCAGUUAUUAAAGACCACUGGACCCAGAGUGCUGGAAAUAACUAUUCUACCUCACCUGCUUGAAUCAGGAUUCUUCCAGGUCAUGGCCAUAGAAGGAGGUUGGAAAGAGAAAGUUCGAUUUUAGAAAGACCUGACUCUGCCUUGGUGCAUUACUCCCUGUUCUCCUUUAUCGGGGCCAGGAGGUGAGGACUCAGUGUGGAAUUUGCAGAUUUCUUGAAGUCCAUGCUCCAACUGGCACAAGAGAAGGAAGCCCUCCAUGUUUGCCUGCCCUCUUUUCCUGCCACCCAGGCUCUGCUUCACAGGGGGAGAAGCCUCCGAUGCAAGUGAGUGGAGCCAACAGACACAUCUGUAACCCAUCUGUACCCAGCCCUCUGCAGCCGACCCUGGCCACCACCAGAUCUAGAGAUUUCCAUGCUGUUCUGGCACUGAAUGGAUGAACGGAGGAAUCUCACAAGGCCCUCGAUACGGAUUCUGAAGUUCAAACGGGACAUUCUAAAAGGGUGUGCCGAAAGGGCCAUACACCCUUCUGGACUGGAAUGCACUGUAGGAGAACAUAUCCUUUCUAUCAUCUAUCUACCUACCUACUGUCUGUAUGUAUGUAUGUAUGUCUGUCUUAGUCAGGGUUUGUAUUCCUGCACAAACAUCAUGACCAAGAAGCAAGCUGGAAAGAAAGGUUUUAUUCAGCUCACACUUCCACACUGCUCUUCAUCACCAAAGGAAGUCAGGACUGGAUGGAGCUCAAGCAGGUCAGGAAGCAGGAGGUGAUGAAGAGGCCAUGGAGGGAUGUUUCUUACUGGCUUGCCCAGCUUGCUCUCUUGUAGAACCCAAGACCACCAGUCCAGGGAUGGCAACACCCACAAUGGGUUGGGUCCUGCCCCUUGAUCACUAGUUGGGAAAAUGCCUUACAGCUGGGUCUCAUGGAGGCAUUUCCUCAACAGAGGUUCCUUUUUGUGAUAACUUCAGCUUGUGUCAAAUUAACACACAAAACAAGUCAGUAUACUAUCUAUCUAUCUAUCAUCUAUCUAUCUAUCAUCUAUCUUUCUAUCACUUAUCUUUCUAUAUUUCUAUCUUUCUUUCUAUCUUUCUACCUAUCUGUCUGUCUGCUUAUCUGUGUUUGUGCAUAUGUGCAUACGUGUCUGUCUGUGUGUGUGUGUGUGUGUGUGUGUGUGUGUGUGUGUGUACACAUGUACAUAAGCAUUCACAUAUGGAGACCAGGAAUCAAUGGCGAUGACCUCCUGUUUCACUCCCCACACUAUUUUUUUGAGAUGGAGCCUCUCAUUGAAUCUGAAGCCCCAUGUUGGGCUAGACAGACAGACAAGAGCAGCAAGCUCCAGUGAGCUGCCUGUCUCUACACCACUGCUGGCUUUUGUGUGAGUGUUGAAGACCCUGACUCAGGAUCCUAGGCUUACACAGCAAGUCUUUGGCCCACUGAGCCAUCCUCCCAGCACCUCCUCACUUCUUGACGCCAUCUUUCAGUGAGAAGGAAAAACUAAAAUGAGGUAAGAACAAGGCCACACCCAGGAAGGGUCCCGGGAAUGGUAGAGCAUCCCAGGUUCUAUUGCUAUGAAGAGACACCAUGGCCAAGGCAACUCUUCUAAAAGAGAGCAUUUGACUGGGGCUGGCUUAUAGCUUUAGAGACUCUGUCCACGAUUGUCAGGACAGAGAGAACGAUGGCACACGUGGUGCUGGAGAUGUGGCUGAGAGCUUCACAUCAUGAUCCAAACUAGAGCGGAGAGAGAUAAAUACUGGUCUGGGUGUGGGCUUUUGAAACUUCCAAGCCAACCCCAGUGACACACCUCCUCCAGCAAGGCCCACACCCACUCUAAGACCAUACACACUCCAAGACCACACUUACUCCAAGACCACACCUACUACUCCAAGACCACAUCUUUACAAGCUUAGAGACCCUUCUCCUAGCUGCCUGAGGAUGCUCAGUCUGUUCCUGGCUUCCUUCCAGUGAAGAUAUAGAACUCAGCCCCUCCUGCACCAUGCCUGCCUGGAUGCUGCGAUGCUGCCAUGUUCCUACCUUGAUGAUAAUGGACUGAACCUCUGAACCUGUGAGCCAGCCCCAAUGAAAUGUUGUCCUUUAUAAAACUUGCAUUGGUCAUGGUGUCUGUUCACAGCAAUAAACCGUAACUAAGACAGUGGGUGUAUGCAAAAUGCAGUGAAGCGUGAGUACCUUUGCACGAUGCUUGUGGGUCUUCUCAAAACAACAGGGUGGAUGAGAAACUCCACUCUUUCCAGCUGGAGCUCUGGCAUUCUUUCUUAUUCAAAUGGUCUGUGUGAGUUCAUGCUCUGACCCUGCGUCUUCCCCUCAGGAAGUGGCUCUCCAGUACCAAGAAUUAAAAAUUAAUAGCACCCAAGGAGACAACUGCAAAGCCCGCCUUAUAAUGAAAGCCCUUCCGGCCCCAGAUGGGGAAGAGAGAGGCACCCGCAUGCCCACGUAUGUUGAUCUAAUUUCUGAAUGAUGGCUCCUGUUCAUUGGGUACUUACUCUAUAUCCCCUCAACUGUUUUCUAUUGUUAUUGCUGUUGUCUUGAGAAGCCACGCAACCAAAGUCAAACUCAUAUGUGCAGCUGAACAGCCAAGAGCAAGUUAUUCCAUCUGCUCAACCACUUACAAGAGAAACAAGAGUGUCACCUCCUUGGGAGCUUCGCAGAGGCGAGGGAUGAGGUUUCAAGUCUCGUUUCUCAGAUGAGUACUCAGUAAAUAAAAACAAAGCCAGCGACAUUAUUAUUAAUAAUUGCCUCAACGGAAGAGUUACAAUUCCAGCCCAUUGGAUAUUUGAGUAAUGGUAGAACUGUCCACUGUAGUAUUUCUUUCUUGAGAGAAAAGAAGGCACCGAUAGAAAGGAAAGGAAAGGAAAGGAAUGUUGAAGGGGUCCUCUGAAGUCAUCUCCUGAGUUUGCAAAGCCAGUGUCCACAAGUGUGAUACCCUCCCCGAGACACACACUCAGCACUGAACGGCCCCUCCUGUGGAGGAAUUCCAUAGCACCGCCUCAGAGCUGUUUCCUCUCCUGGGAGCUCCAACCACCCCUGAAUCCUGACUGACACUCAGCAAUGUUCUAUCCAAAGGAAGAGGCUGGCAGCAGCAUGCUUUGAAUACUGACCCAGCCAUGGUUUAAUUAAAUUUUUUGUGGAAAAAAACAUCACGUAGAGGUGACACUCUCUCUGCUGCCCUUCUCUAAGCAGCCCACUCACUGGGUGGGUGAUUUCUUGUCACCCGCUAUACUAACACUUGAGCCAACGCUGUCACUUUUACCAUGAUGUCAUUGCCUGAGGUGCUGAAAUGUUAUUUGAAAACACAGCCCAGAUUUUGAAACCAGACACCUUCAGUGGAGAAACCUCCUGGGUAGAAAGUCUAGCAGUGACUUAAUGCCAGGGAGAGACUUGGAAGAAGUAAGUCCUGAUGUGGUGAGAUGUAAGUCCAGCAAAAACUAGGACCAGGGUGGGACCAGAGACGGAGGACUCACAUUUCUGCCCCCAACCCCGAACCCAGCCACAGGCAAGUCACAGAUCGUCCCUGUUAGGCCUAUCUCCAGGCACUUCAAGAGGAGAUGGCCCAACAGGCAGGGAGGAAAGUGGGUAAGUACAGUAAGAUCCUCAGGCCAUUGUUUGAUAAGAGCUUCUAAAGUUUCUGUUUCUUCUCCACUAAAAACAAGAGUCAAGGGGGUGGAGAGAUGGUUACUCUGCCAGAGGUCCUGAGUUUAAUUCCCAGUAACCGCAUGGUGUCUCACAACCGUCUGUAAUGGGAUCCAAUGCCCUCUUCUGCUGUGUCUGAAGACAGCUACAGUGUACUCAUAGACAUAAAAUAAGCAGAUCUUUAAAACAACAGAAAGAGUCAAGGCAGAUGGAGAGAGUGGCGGUGGUGGAAGAUAGAAGUCUUUCCCAGCUCUAAGCCACGGUACAUUCCAGGUUCUUUUGCAGCUCGUACGCGUGAGUAAGAGCUAAAUCGUAACCAGCCUGCUGCACUGACCACACAGAAGACGCCAUAUCGGUCACUAGAACCAUCACGGAAGAUUGAGAGUCCAGCAGGGAGACAGUGGUAAUUGCCGGCAAGAGAGAUAGAAGGAAAGAUGUGUUGGGUCAGCUUUAAACCACAGCGUGAAGGAAGCUAGGUCAACUGCCUGGGAAGUAGCAGAACCCGACAGCAUUUCCACUGGGAGAGUUCUCAGAGUCUAAUUCACAUAGGAAGUUCUCCAUUCUUUACCCAAUGACCCUAUGAUUGAAAGAAAUGGAACGCAAGUCUAUGCCUCUGGCACAGCGAGUCAAACCAUGGAGUACAGACUGUUCUAAGCACUGUGCAUCAAAGGAGGCCAGAGAGACUGUAGCAAGCCACGCAAGUCUGUGUACCCCGAGAGGCAUGUGUGGCAAGCCAUGCAGGUCUGUGUACUCCGAGAGGCAUGUGUGGCAAGCCAUGCAGGUCUGUGUACUCCGAGAGGCAUGUGUGGCAAGCCAUGCAGGUCUGUGUACUCCGAGAGGCAUGUGUACACUCCAGGACACGUAACAUCUCAAGCACCAUCCAGAUAGAAUGCACACGAACAGCCAUGUCUUCAACUCUCUGUAGAUGCUGUGGGACGUGGUGGGUGUCAGGACACGUGAGCAGUCCAUUUGAUGGGAAGACAGAGAAUUGGAGAGCUGUACUGCUCUUCCGCCAUCCAUUCCCCACUUAACUGUGGAAUGAGAAGUGAGUUUGGGGAGUUAGAUUCAGUGUCUAGGGGAAACGCUCUGCCGACACGAUACGCUUUGCCCGUCAGGAUGGACAGGACUCCGAAGGUCCUCUUUAGAAGUUGAAGUUGUUAGAUAAAAGCAACAAGAUAACACUGCCCAGAGGUGAUGGACAGAAUAUUCGAUUGUGUUGUGGGGCAUAUUUAGAGUGAACAAAUGCUAGUGGUAGGGUCAACCAUCAUGGAAGGUCUCCAGAACAGGUAAAGUCAGAAAAAAAAAAAAUAAAA